UUUACACCUUCAGGGACGAUUGUAGACGUUGAUCGCCCGGUUAGCCUUCGAGUCGCUCGUUUCACACUCUCUGCCACUUAGCUUCCACUUGUUAUACAGCAACAACCUAUAUCAGACGACAAUAUGCCUCCUGCUAAACGACGCAAACUCAGCCCAAGCCCGGAACAGGUGGCCACCACAGAUGGUGCUGCUGAGCAGUCAACGCAACCUAACCAACCUGAAAAGAUCGCUGACGACGCCAAGCAUGAGACGGAGGACGUUGAACAGUCCACGUCCAUCGAAGCGCCAGAAGGCACAACUGAGACAACCACUGGCACUUCUUCGAACAACGCCCCCUCCACAACCGCCGCGGACAGACUCGCCCGGUUCGCUGCCCUCAAAUCCCGUGCAUCUGCAUCCGCAAAAUCAAAUCUUCUCGAAGCCAAAGCCGAAGCCAACCGCUCCGCCAUAGAUCCAAGCGUGCUCGCCAGUUUGUCGCGUAAAUCAGCCAUCGCAUCGCACAACCUUCUCAAAGCCGACACGGAAGAGGAUGAAGGCAAGGGCGCCUUUGAACGCAAGCGCGCGUGGGAUUACACCAUCGAGGAGUCCGAGCGCUGGGACGAGCGAAUGGAUCGCAAGAAUUCUGCGCGCGAGAACAACGCUUUCAGUGACUACUCGGCCGAAGCGGCGAAGAUGUACGACCGGCAGAUCCGCGAACUCGAGAAAUCUGCCCUGAAAGAUGGUGGGAAGAACAGAGAGGAGUACGAGCGUCAGAAAGCCGAGAUAUUGGAGAACGCAGCCCGCACUGGCGGGUUGGAAAUCGUGGAGAUGGAGAACGGAGAGCUGGUUGCGAUUGAUAAGGACGGACGGUUCUACGCGGAUCACGAUUCUACGGGCUUCAUCGAGCAGAAGCCCAAGCGGGAAAAUGUGGAUCGGUUAGUAUCGGACUUGAAAAAGGCGGAAGAGGCGAGGUUCAAGGCGCGGCGCGCACGAGGCCGUGAGGAGGAAGGAGGAGAUGUCACGUACAUCAAUGAGAAGAACAAGCAGUUCAAUAUGAAGUUGGCCAGGUUUUAUGAUCGGUAUACGGUGGACAUCAGGGAGAGCUUCGAGAGGGGCACUGCUAUAUGAGGACACGCUAUCCUGCGCGCGUUGUGCUUUGUCGGGCAGUGUUUCGACAGUGAGAAGUACAGACUUCAGAAAGCUUGCGCGAGUACGACGGCAUUCGAGCCGUUGUGCGCCAUUUUUGGAUAUUGAACAUUAGCAAAGUCACCGCAAUACCAAGGAUGAUGAGAGCCUUGCAAUAACUCCCUACGGUACCUAGCCAUAAGCUUUGAGCCGUAAGGAGUAUUGAGCUAGACAAUUGUACGACUAUUUUCUCUA